GAACAGGGAGGGGACUACCGGGCUGACUUGGGAGGCCACAGGAGGAAAAACCACAGCUGCAUUCAGUGUGCCUGGAGGCUCCUUCCACUUGCAAUGCACGGGCUAUGCUGUGCCCUCCCUUUGAUGCUGCUGCUGAGCGUCAGUCCUGGAAACUCCAGCACAGUGAAUCCAUGCUGCUAUUUCCCAUGCCAACACAAGGGUGUGUGUGUCCAGGUUGGCACAGAGGGCUACGAAUGUGACUGCACCCGAACUGGCUACUUUGGCACCAACUGCACUUUGCCGGAGUUCUGGACAAGGCUACAUGAAGCCCUGAGGCCGACCCCGGCUUUCUACCACUUCAUUUUGACCCACUUCCAGUGGUUCUGGACCAUCAUCAACAACACCUUCAUCCGAGACGUUUUGAUGCGGCUGGUGCUGACAAUCCGAGCCAACCUCAUUCCCAGCCCGCCCAUCUACAACUCUGCUUAUGGCUACAUCACCUGGGAGGCCUAUGCCAAUGUCAGCUAUUUCACACGUGUCCUUCCACCGGUUCCCAGGGACUGCCCUACACCAAUGGGAAUGAAAGGGCCAUCGCAGCUCCCUGAUGCACAGCUGGUAGCCGAGGAGCUUCUCCAGCGCAAGACGUUCCAGCCGGACCCGCAGGGGACAAAUCUGAUGUUUGCCUUCUUUGCUCAGCACUUCACUCACCAGUUCUUCAAGACGUCAGGCAGGAUGGGGCACGGCUUCACCAGGGCUCUGGGUCACGGGGUGGAUCUUGGACAUAUAUAUGGGGACAACUUGGAACGUCAGCAUGAGCUGAGGCUCUUCCAGGAUGGGAAGCUGAAAUACCAGAUGGUGAAGGGGGAGAUGUAUCCACCGACGGUGCUGGAUGCUCCGAUACACAUGAUCUAUCCAAAGCACAUUCCGCCGGAGGAGCAGCUCGCCACCGGCCAGGAGGUGUUUGGGCUCCUGCCGGGCCUCAUGUUGUACGCCACCAUCUGGCUGCGGGAGCACAACCGCGUCUGCGACCUCCUCAAGCGAGAGCACCCGGCCUGGGACGACGAGCAGCUGUUUCAAACCACCAGGCUCAUCCUCAUUGGCGAGACCAUCAAAAUCGUCAUUGAGGAUUACGUCCAGCAUCUCAGUGGCUACUACCUGCAGCUGAAGUUUGAUCCUGAGCUCCUCUUUGGAGUCCAGUUCCAGUACCGCAACCGCAUCGCCGUGGAGUUCAACCAGCUCUACCACUGGCACCCGCUGAUGCCGGAUUCCUUCAAGAUUCAGAAUCAAGAGUACAGCUACAACCAGUUUGUCUACAACACUACUAUGUUGACAGACUACGGCGUGGAGGACCUUGUAGAGGCCUUCUCCAAACAACAAGCUGGACAGAUUGGUGGGAAGCCAAAUAUGCCCAGGCAACUUCUGAACGUGGCCGUUGGGGUCAUUGAGGAAUCGAGGCUGCUGCGACUCCAGCCCUUCAACGAAUACCGGAAGAGGUUCGGCAUGAAGCCCUAUACAUCCUUCCAGGAGCUCACAGGAGCGGAAGAAACAGCUGCGAAGGUGGAGGCCCUAUACGGAGACAUCGAUGCCGUGGAAUUCUACCCAGGACUGCUGGUGGAGAAGAACCAGCCCAACGCCAUUUUUGGGGAGAGCAUGGUGGAGAUCGGGGCCCCCUUCUCCUUGAAGGGGCUCUUGGGGAACCCCAUCUGCUCCCCUGAAUACUGGAAGCCCAGCACGUUUGGCGGGGCCGCUGGCUUUGAGGUGGUGAACACGGCCUCCCUCCAGAAACUGGUAUGCCUCAACGUGAAGAGGUGCCCGUAUGUGGCUUUCCGGGUGCCUGAUGGCCAAGAGGGAGGCGGCGCGGCACCAAGCAGCGGCAGCUCGGGGGAGAAGGAGCCCUCGGAUGAGCUCUAGGCCAGAGGGGAGCAGGGCAGGGCUUCUCCGGGGCUUGGUUAGGAUCCAGCUCACUGGUUAGGAUCCAGCCAGUGAGCGGCAAGGAGUAGCCAUGGACUACGGUUGCCGCACAGAGAGAGAGAGAGAGAGAGAGAAUGGUGCAAUAUCACUUCUCAUCAUCAGCACACACACACACAACACACACACACACACCCAAUGUAUUGUGAAGGUGCUUUGGUGUUAUGUCCAGAGAGGAGGGAGAAAAGGGCAUCUGCCGUCUGGUUUAUUUCAAGAAGCGAAAAAAAGCUUUUUGUGGACCAUCAGUCCCCAAUCCAGCCAGCUUCACCUCCUCCCCGUCCACCUUCUUAUUCCAAACUCGUCUUAGCCUCUCAAAUGGCAGGAGGAGAUGCACUGCAGGGGCGUCCUUGGGGACUGGCCUGGGGGGGGAAGCCUCAAGUCUCCCCCAAAUCUCCUGCCCCUCCUCUUCCCUUUUCAAAUUAUUUCUUUGUUGUUGCUCUUACGGCAGCCACCUGCUACCUUCAUUUUCCAGAGUCAUCCUCUGUACACAUAAAUUAGAAUAUGCAAAUGUUAUGCAGAUUUGUGUCUGCUUCCCCAAGGCCCCAAGAAAGCAGAGAACUGUAGCUGGCAUCCCCUAGAGCAAAUUCCCAACCAAAGAUUCUUAGAAAUCUGCAGAGGAAAGCAGGGACAAGGUAGAUCUCUUUUAAGCCUGUAGGGUAGAUAACCCCUAGAAUAAGAGGCUCAUAAAAUGCAGAGUUAGGGGGAAAGACUCUACUUUUUGAACUGCCCACACAUGCACACAUACACACACGGGUGGGGUGUGGGUGUGUAUUCCAGCAAGGGGGAGGGGCUUUGGAGGUGGAGUGUACUGAUAGCAUAAAUUAAGUGUGACUUUCAGAAUA